AUGGCGGCCAAAGACAAGUCGACGCCGGGAGCGGUCGGACACUUCGGCGUGGACUCAAUCAAAGUGAUUGGGGAUCAGUUGGCCAUCUCUAACAUCACAGACGACGCCUCGCGGCUGUUGGCCGAAGACGUGACAUAUCGCGUGAAAUGCAUUCUUCAGGACUCACUGAAGUUUGCGAUGCACUCGAAGCGCCGCACUGUCAACACGUCGGACAUCGACUUCGCCCUCAAGAACAAGAACAUUGAGCCCCUCUUCGGCUUCUGUAACUCAGAUCACAGUCCCUUCCGAUUCGCGUCCGGCGGCGGACGUGAGCUCUACUUCAAUGAGGAGAAGGAAAUCGAUUUGUCGGAAGUGUUGACGGCGUCGACGACACCCAAACUCCCGCAAGACGUGGCCCUCAAAGUCCAUUGGCUGAGCAUUGAUGGCAUUCAGCCGUCGAUCCCUGAAAACCCUCCGCCGCUCUCUCGCGACCAACAGAGGGAAGAGAGCGUCGAUCCGGCGAUGGCUCUGAAGAAGGCGUCGCAACUGAAGCCCAAUCAACAGCAGAAACUGCAACAGAAGAAGAAGAAGCAGAUGGAAAUGGUUAGAGUGAAGCAGUUCGCCACUCAUGAGUUGUCUGUCGAGCAACAGCUCUACUACAAGGAGAUCACCGAAGCCUGUGUCGGCUCAGACGAGGGCCGGCGCUCGGAGGCGCUCCAGUCGUUGACAUACGACCCGGGAUUGCAUCAAAUGCUUCCCCGUCUCUGCACUUUCAUCAGCGAAGGCGUCAAAGUAAAUGUCGUACAAAACAAUUUAGCGCUUCUUAUAUAUCUCAUGCGAAUGGUUAAAGCGCUUCUCGACAACCAUAACCUCUAUCUUGAGAAAUAUCUACACGAACUCAUCCCUACAGUCCUCACUUGCAUUGUCUCCAAACAACUCUGCAAUCGACCCGAUGUUGACAAUCAUUGGACGCUCAGAGACUUCGCGUCACGUCUUUUGUCCCAAAUCUGUAAAAACUUCAACACAACCACUAAUAAUGUUCAGACGAGAGUCACGCAACUCUUGAGUCAGUCCCUCGACAAGGAUCGCCUCCCAAUGGCCUCAUAUUAUGGCGCCGUUUCGGGUCUCUGCGAGUUAGGCACUGAAGUGCAGCGAACUUUCCUUCUCAAGAGGUUGAAAGCCAUCGGAGAGAGAAUUCGUGUCUAUUUCGAGACCUCCAACCUCUCCACCGCUGACAAGUCGGCCGCCGAACACAUCAAACAACUGUUGCUUAAAGUUCUGCCGCAAUGUCUUAAAGUGAGUCCAACUCUUAAUGUCCACAACGUUAUGACAAUUCUUAACUCCAAUUAA